GCUCUUUGGCUAGGGAUUAGGAAGAGGGGGGAACGGAGAGGAGAACCACGGAUCGGUGUGGAUUGUGGUUGUGGUUGUGGAUCACGGUCAGCCAAGAUGGCGAACCUUCGAGGAGGCUGAAGGUAUCCGUCGCUCGUUCUCGUUCUCGUUCUCACCCUCGCGUAAUCUCCCGCGCGUCGAAGUGAACGGAGUUGGCGUAUUAUGUCCGCGUAUACGUUCUCGCAGAGGCUGUUUACGCCGACGCCACCGGAGCGCGGCAGCUUCCCGCUGGACCAUGAGGGCCGUUGCAAGAGCACCAUGAUCAGGUACAUGCGCUGCCUGGCCGAGAAUCGCAAUCAGAACACGAUGUGCCGCGACAUCGCCAAGGAGUACCUUGGCUGCCGCAUGGACCACGACCUGAUGGCGCACGAGGAUUGGUCCAAGCUCGGCUUCGCCGACAAGAUCGAGGGCGCCAAGGAAACGUAACGUCGAUAAUCGUCCUUGAGAGAUCAGAGAUCAGAUAUCCCGUGUAUCUCGAAAGAAAGGAGGGGGAUUAUCUUGGUCGUCGUCGUCGUUAUCGUCGUUGUCGUUGUUGUUCAUCCCGAUUUUCCUCGGAGAAUGUCGUGCACUCUCUCUCUAGUCUAAUCGGUGCUCUUAAAACUUUCGAUGUAAAAAGGACACCAGACUAUAUAUAGUUUGGUGAAUUAGUGUGUUCAAGCGAGAAUACGCACUGCCAGCCAGGUGCAACAAGAACUUCCUCUAUGCCAGUGUUGUUGAGAAAGAAGUAACAAUAAGAACAAUAGGUUUAAUAAGAGACCAAUUUAAAGGGAGAAAGAGAACUGAACGAUACUAAAAAUCGCGUAUAUCUACCUUUUAU